CACCUGAUUGAGUUUGAAGGCCAUUCAAGGUUCGGCAUCUGGUGAAGUAAAAACUGAAGGACUGGAAUCUUAGCUAGCAAGCUUCAUUCAGCCAUAUUUUAAACUUUMCACCACAUAAAAGCUGCAUUUCUCCAUCAAUAAUGGAAGAGAAAUCAGAAAAACAAACAAGCUGUAUUUACGGGGGAAAGAAGAUUGCAGUUCUUUUGACUAUUGGAGUGCUGCUAAUAUUGGUUGCCGUCACUUGUUAUCCUCUGAUCGAUUCUUUGAUUCAGAACAAGAUCGAUUCAACUCUGGCGUUGAAGCCUGGCUCAGAUAGCUUCAAACAGUGGAGGGCACCAAAAGUUUCGAUUUAYCUUCAGUUUUUUAUUUUCCAUGUUGUUAAUUAUGAAGAAGCAUCGCUUGGUUUACCUCCUUAUGUUGUGCAAAAAGGACCUUACUCGUACAAGGAGUACAGACGAAAGGACAACAUUACUUGGCACGAUGAGAACUCUACUGUGUCUUACAAUGAGAGGCAGUGGUUUGUGUUCGACCCAGAUACCUCUUGUGCAAAAUGUGAUCCUGUUAGAGAUGUUAUAGUAAACGUGAAUAUUCCCUUAAUCGCGAUUGCUAAUCUAGUGAAGAACUUCCCAGAUUUCUUASGCUGGAAAGAGCUGUUAUCUUUGAUAUUGGGCAAUUUCAAUGAAACGCUUUUCGAAAAUAGAACAGUACAGGAACUUUUGUGGGGAUACGAUGAUCCUUUUCUUGCAGAAUACGCUAAGUUGAGGAAAAAGCUCMAUCUCACUAGUAUUCUUCCAGAUGUCGAUCCUCUCAUAGCUUUGCAAAAGAAUGAUACUUAUUCAGGAUUCACAAMAGUCCACACUGGAGUGAAAGAUAUAAACUUGAUAACUAAAUGGACGGAAUGGAAGGGAAAACCAGAUGUGGGUGUAUGGAACACGACCUACGCCAACAUGCUAAAUGGCAGCGAUGGUACUCAGUUUCCUCCGCAACAGUCAACUGAUAGUACACUCUAUGUUUUCGUAACUCAGCUUUGCCGUUCAUUAUACUUGACAUAUAAUAAACAAAUAGCAAUUCACGGAAUUGAUACUUUGCAGUUCACGACUCCAAAAGAGCUUUACUUAAAUGCCUCAAUGAAUCCAAAAAACAAGGCAUUUUGUACAAAGGAGUGUUACCCAACUGGAAUAUUAGACAUUGGUGUGUGUCAGGAUGCACCCAUAACAAUCCCAUUGUUUGUGUCUGCACCACAUUUUUAUCUUGGAGAUAAGUCUCUCACAAAUAAUGUGAAAGGUCUCUCUCCGAAUGAAAAAGACCAUGGAACAUUCCUGGACGUUGAGCCACACCUUGGUGUACCGCUUAAAAGCAGCAAGCGACUCCAGAUCAAUGCUCUCAUUGAACCAGUCGACGACAUUAAACAAACUCAGAACCUUCACAAGUUAUUCCUUCCUGUCAUGUUUAUUAAUGAGACAGCCACCAUUGAUAAUAGUCAGGCGCAAAUGAUCAAAGACAAAGUGUUGAUGCCAUUCACAGUUGUUCAUGGUGUGGAGAUAGGACUGGUUGUUCUUGGGGGCGUGCUUUGUUUGGCAGGAUUGAUUUUAUUGGUGCUUUUGAUUGACAGAAAUAGGAAACUCAAACAGGUGAAAAACAUACUAUCAAACCCUGAUGAAAACUCACCUCUUGUAGUCAGCACUUAGUAACAUCAUCUAGAUUAUGAUCUUUUAGUUUAAUAUUAUUAAAAGAUCAUWUCUAUAUUUAAAAAAUGUCAAAAAGGCUAAGCUGAG